UCCAAGCGUUAAGGUUUUCGGCUCCCCAAGAUUCACGUUCUCGAAGACCCCUGCCCUGGGGAACCGUUUCUCCCUUUGGGAGAGGAUCCCACUCAAAAACACCUCCCCGCCCCCGCGCCCCCUUGGAAGCGAUGCCCGGUAAACGCUCGCCCCACAGCCUUCUAGGGCGCCCCCUCGGCCCCCUGGGAAUCACAUCCCGGGGGUGAGGUCAGUCCCGGAGGGACGCCUCAGAUCCCCUUUCAUUUCCUCACUUCACGACCUGCGGAGAUGCCCGGAUCUCUUGAAUCCUCUCCACUUAUCUCCCAACUCCCAGCCUCUUUGUUUCGCGCUGUCCUCCCCCGGGGAUGCUGUGCAAGCCCUCCCGUUACCCAGGCCCCCCAUCCCGGGAACAUCUACCUUCCUACCCCGGGAACAUCUUGGGUUGCUUUUGCCCUUCCUCCAGAAUUCGUUUCUUGGCGUCUUCUCUCCCCAACUCUCCCUACUUCCAAAGAAAAGCCUGAAAGUACGCAGCACGGUGCUUGCCUUUCGCCCUUCUGCUGCCUUCAUUUUCCGAUCCAUAGUUUGCAGGCGCUCCACACCCGCUCUCCCUCUCUGAAAAGGUACAGCGUUGGGACGCCCGGCCCCAAACUGCAGGCGAUACCCUCUGGUUUCGCUAAGGGUGGCUCGGAAGAUAAACAUCUGGUUCAGGAUGUCGUGGGGCAUACCUGCCGUUUGGAAGGAAACUGCUAAUGCCGAGUUCUGAAAAUGAGUAGGACCGUAUUGGCGGUAGAGGAAAAGCAUGUUUUUAGAGACUGCUUAGAAUAACGGCUGCCUCGAGGAGUGGAGUAGGCAGUGGAAUUAGGUUUGCGUCCUCCCCCCUCCAAAAGGGAUUGGCAGAAGGGAGCCAUGUUGAACGUGAAAUAAAAGUUGAACAGAAACUGGAUGGCUUCUACAGGGAGCCAGGCCUCUGAUAUAGACAAGAUUUUUGAAUUCUUCAGUGAUGGCGCACCCCCCACCAAAAAGCCCAGGAAGCUGCUUCCAAGCCUAAAAACGAAGAAGCCUCGGGAACUCGUACUGGUGAUUGGAACAGGCAUUAGUGCUGCUGUUGCCCCUCAGGUUCCAGCCCUAAAAUCCUGGAAGGGCUUAAUUCAGGCCCUACUGGAUGCUGCCAUUGACUUUGAUCUUCUAGAAGAUGAGGAAAGCAAAAAAUUUCAGAAAUGUCUCCAUGAAGACAAGAACCUUGUCCAUGUUGCCCAUGACCUUAUCCAGAAACUCUCUCCUCGUACUAGUAAUGUCCGAUCCACAUUUUUCAAAGACUGUUUAUAUGAAGUAUUUGAUGACUUGGAGUCAAAAAUGGAAGAUUCUGGAAAACAGCUACUUCAGUCAGUUCUCCACCUGAUGGAAAAUGGAGCCCUGGUGUUAACUACAAAUUUUGAUAAUCUGCUAGAACUGUAUGCAGCCGAUCAGGGAAAACAACUUGAAUCCCUUGACCUUACCGAUGAGAAAAAGGUCCUAGAGUGGGCUCAGGAGAAGCGGAAGCUGAGCGUGUUACACAUCCAUGGGGUCUAUACCAACCCCAGUGGCAUUGUCCUUCAUCCAGCUGGGUAUCAGAAUGUGCUCAGGAACACUGAAGUUAUGAGAGAGAUUCAGAAACUCUAUGAAAACAAGUCAUUUCUUUUCCUGGGUUGUGGCUGGACUGUGGAUGACACCACUUUCCAAGCCCUCUUUCUGGAGGCUGUCAAGCAUAAAUCUGACUUAGAACAUUUCAUGCUGGUUCGGAGAGGAGACGUAGAUGAAUUUAAGAAGCUUCGAGAAAACAUGCUGGACAAAGGGAUUAAGGUCAUCUCUUAUGGAAAUGAAUAUGCUGAUCUUCCGGAAUACUUCAAGCGGCUGACGUGUGAGAUCUCCACGAGGGGUAGAUCAGCAGGGAUGGUGAGAGAAGGUCAACUAAAUGGCUCAUCUACGGCACACAGUGAAAGAAGAGACUGUAGUACAUGAAGGCUGGAGAAAUCAUCACCAUUAGACCCAGCUAUAAGGCCCACCGUGGACAGUGUUUAACAAGUAAACUUACAAGAACCCAACACAGCUCCUAGGAAGUUCCAAACCCAAAGGUUGAAGGGUGGGGGGUUGGUUGGGGGGAUGAAUGUUCCAACUUAAUCUUCAUGCCAGCCAGUUCUUGAUAUCCUGUGGCCUGUUCCAGUUCAAGAAUCCCCAAGAGACCAUGGGGCCCACGUGUAGCCCCCCACCCCACCCCACCCCACCCCGAGGCUGGACAUGCCUGUUUCCACACAGCAGACCAGUGUGAUACCUCCACUGACAGUGGCUGCGGCUCUGCAUGAAGGACUUGGGCUCUGAAGGCCAUGGAAUCACGACUUGUUGCCGUUUUGUACUCUAUACCUGGUUUUUCAAUUAAGCUUAAUGGCUUUUUUAAAACAUGACUUGAAGCUCUAGUUUUCUAGAUCUUUUACAGUGUACAGUAUUUUACAUAACUUGAGUUGUAUUAAAAGCUUGUUCAUUUA